CGGACUGGGGCGGAUCGAGAGAGGCCAGCCAUGUAACGCCUGUGGUGACCAGUGCCCCGGGUUUGCCUUGCAUCAAUGGAGGAAGAUCUGUCUGCACUGCAAGUGCCCUCAGGAGGAGCACAUGGUGACAGUGAUGCCCCUGGAGAUGGAGAAGACCGUCAGCAAACUCAUGUUUGACUUCCAGAGGAACUCAACCUCAGAUGACGACUCGGGCUGUGCCCUGGAGGAGUACGCCUGGGUCCCGCCUGGGCUGAAGCCUGAACAGGUUCACCAGUACUAUAGCUGUCUCCCAGAAGAGAAGGUUCCUUAUGUCAACAGUCCCGGAGAGAAACUGCGGAUCAAGCAGCUAUUACACCAGCUGCCGCCACAUGACAAUGAGGUCCGAUACUGCAACUCCCUGGAUGAAGAGGAGAAGCGGGAGCUGAAGCUCUUCAGCAACCAGAGGAAACGCGAGAACUUGGGCCGAGGGAAUGUCAGGCCCUUCCCCGUCACCAUGACCGGAGCCAUCUGUGAGCAGUGCGGAGGCCAGAUUAACGGCGGGGACAUCGCCGUGUUUGCGUCACGCGCCGGCCACGGUGUUUGCUGGCACCCACCCUGCUUCAUAUGCACCGUCUGCAACGAGCUCCUGGUGGAUCUGAUCUACUUCUACCAGGAUGGGAAGAUAUACUGCGGCAGGCACCACGCCGAGUGCCUGAAGCCGCGCUGUGCGGCCUGUGACGAGAUCAUCUUCGCCGACGAGUGCACCGAAGCUGAGGGGCGGCACUGGCACAUGAAACACUUUUGCUGCUUCGAGUGCGAGACGGUGCUGGGCGGCCAGCGCUACAUCAUGAAGGAGGGACGGCCCUACUGUUGCCACUGCUUCGAGUCCUUGUAUGCAGAAUAUUGCGACACCUGCGCCCAGCACAUAGGGAUCGACCAAGGCCAAAUGACCUACGAUGGCCAGCACUGGCACGCCACCGAGACCUGCUUCUGCUGUGCUCACUGCAAGAAGUCCCUCCUCGGGCGGCCGUUCCUCCCGAAACAGGGCCAGAUAUUCUGCUCCCGGGCCUGCAGCGCCGGGGAGGACCCCAACGGCUCGGACUCCUCCGACUCGGCCUUCCAGAACGCCAGGGCCAAGGAGUCCCGGCGCAGCGCCAAAAUUGGCAAGAACAAGGGCAAGACGGAGGAGCCCGUGCUGAACCAGCACGGCCAGCUGCAGGUGAGCUCCAACCGGCUGUCCGCCGACGUGGACCCGCUGUCGCUGCAGAUGGACCUGCUCAGCCUGGCCAGCCAGACGCCCAGCCUCAACCGGGACCCCAUCUGGCGGAGCCGGGACGAGCCCUACCAUUACGGAAACAAGAUGGAGCAGAGCCAGCCCCAGAGCCCCCUGCAGCUGCUCAGCCAGUGCAACAUCCGAACUUCCUACAGCCCCGGCGGGCAGGGCGCCGGGGCGCAGCCGGACAUGUGGCCCAAGCACUUCAGCAACCCCAAAAGGAGCGCGUCCCUGGCGCUGAAGGGCCACGGCGGCAGCUUCAUCAAGGAGUGCCGGGAGGACUACUACCCGGGAAGGCUGAGGUCCCAGGAGAGCUACAGCGACAUGUCCAGCCAGAGCUUCAGCGAGACCCGAGGCAGCAUCCAAGUCCCCAAAUACGAGGAGGAGGAGGAGGAGGGGGGCAUGUCCGCCCAGCAGUGUCGCACCCGCCAUCCACUCAGCUCCCUGAAAUACACUGAGGACAUGACGCCCACGGAGCAGACCCCCCGGGGCUCCAUGGAAUCGCUGGCCCUGUCCAACGCGACAGGCCUCUCCGCCGACUGCGGCGCCAAGCGCCAGGAGCACCUGUCCCGGUUCUCCAUGCCUGACCUCAGCAAGGACUCGGGCAUGAACGUCUCGGAGAAGCUGAGCAACAUGGGCACGCUGAACUCGUCCAUGCAGUUCCGCAGCGCGGAGUCGGUCCGCAGCCUGCUGUCGGCCCAGCAGUACCAGGAGCUGGAGGGAAACCUGCACCAGCUGGGCGCCCCCAUCGGCUACAGGGACCUGCAGGCCCGCGGCAGGAGGCACCAGAGCUUUGACUUCGACCCGGGGGUGGCGGGCAGCAAGCUGCCGGGGCCGGAGGGCGUGCGGCUGCAGCCCAUGAGCGAGCGCACGCGGAGGAGGACGAGCGAGCGCGAGGCGGCCGCGCGCCUGCAGGAGCGGCCCCCGCUGCGCGCCCGCGACGACUACGACCAGUUCCUGCGCCAGCGCAGCUUCCAGGAGAGCCUGGGCCAGGGCUCGCGGCGGGACCUGUACGGCCAGUGCCCCAGGACUGUGUCGGACCUGGCCCUGCAGAAUGCCUUCGGGGAGCGCUGGGGACCCUACCUCGCCGAGUACGACUGGUGCUCCACGUGCUCCUCGUCCUCCGAGUCCGACAACGAGGGCUACUUCCUCGGGGAGCCCAUCCCCCAGCCCGCCCGCCUGCGCUACGUCACCAGCGAGGAGCUUCUGCACAAAUACAGCUCCUACGGCCUCCCCAAGUCGUCCACGAUAGGCGGCCGGGGACAGUUGCACAGCAGGAAAAGACAGAAGAGCAAAAACUGUAUCAUUUCUUAAUCUGACUGGGGCAGGGCGUGGGGGAAGGUGGGAGCUAAGAAUGUAAAUUCAGAAACUUGCACUGUUUUAAAUUUUAAAGCGCUUUUCGGGUUGGUUACCCGGGGGGGAGAAGGGACGUGCUCUGAAGUGGAGGAAGGCAAGGUUGCAGAAUGCCUCUCAGUCGGUAGUCACAGUUCUCGGCAUGUUGAAUAUUAUUUGCACAUUUCACUUUGGAAACGCUAUAGACUCUGCGGCAGCCGGGCUUGGUCACCUCCCGAGCCUCGGUGUGUUGAGUUGCCACCAGUAAGAUGGCAAAUCGCUUCCUUGCUCGCUUGUAUCCUCUCUGGUUCUCUUACUUUUAGGACCCUUUUUCCAGUAAGUAAUUUGUUUAUUAGCCAGGACCCGAGACUAAGUUAUUUCCAUGUCCAUUGUAAAUGCAAUGUAAAUGAGAGUUCUGAUAAAAUAUUUUUGUAUUUUGUAAUAUCAAAGGAAUUUCUAUAUCGUAGGACUCAGUGAGACCCGCAUGCACAUCCAGAGUUGUCUUUGAGUAGUAUCCAGAGGUGGCCAGCACCACCUUUCUUUUCUUUUUUUCUAUACAAAUUUGUUACAUGUCAGUGAGACUUUUUUCAAAGGAGUUUAUUCAAUUUGGCUUUUUGUGGCUAAAUAAACAAUUAUUAUACCCAAAGCAUUUUACGCUCUGUUCCAUCUUAAGGAGCCAUCCUUAAGUCCACUCCCACCCUCAGUAGAAUGUAUUCUCUACAAAGUGAUAGUCAUUUUUUUAAUAGCAAACAUAACUUUUGCCCAUUAGAGAAACCAAUCAGUGUCAGUCGAGUUCCGUGAGAAACGCCAUCCCUGCUGGGAACAUUGAAGUUGCUCACUAUUGAUCUCUUUCUUGGGGAAAAUACAGUGACUGUGAGUGGUGCUGUUGUGUGAUGUCAGCAUGAUGUUAUUUUGAAUGUGGCAUUAUUUUCUGGUGCUCAUGUUUCCUGGAUUGUAUUAUCUGCUUUUCUUUGCCAAGGCAGACGGAACAGCUGCCUUAGCCCGACAACCGGUUGUCCUCAGCGCAAAUGAACUUAAGCAUUUGGAACUUAGGGACAGGAAGGUUCUGACGGGGCUCUGGGAGAGACGGUGUGUUCUAGAUCGUUCGUUAUGCAAGGAGAAGGAAUGAGGUGAUUUGAAAACAGAAAGCAGGGCAAGGGUAGAACGGAAGGAGAAUAUGAAGGAAGGUCAGGGUGAAGAAGAAUUCCUGCACGUGAAGUAGAGGAGCGGUGACAGCCACCUCGACUAGCCCCCAGUGCUUGUGGAAAUAAUUCAGUUUAACACACUCCCUAACCAGAGUAUCUGGGUCACCCAGAAAGGUUGAGCUGCUCAGGAGACUUCAGUGUAAUGGUCUUGAAAAGCAAAUGUUGAAAGGAGGGUUUCCAUCAGGAACUUUUGGGGACCGUUGGUCAGACGGAAAAUGGACUCAAAAGUGAGUUUGCUUAAAGAAGACAUUUAACGGUUGUGCUGUUUAUAGUAAAAUAAAACUUCCUCCCUUGCUUCAGUUAAAAAUGAAGCGCGUGCUUUUCCUUCCAUUCCCCUCUCCCCUUAAUGGACUGUGGCAGCUGAAAUAAUCCACCGCAGGACCCACCUUUAGUGAGAUGUACUGUCCAUGUGCUAUACACGGUGUAUCUCAGUGGCCAUCUGCCAUGGUGAGGCGAGCGUGGUCUCUUUUCAGUAUAGUAGUUAAUAUUUUCUAGUAUUUUUUAUGGAGAGAAUGUGAAAAGUGGCUUUUCAGACCCCAUGCCAAGAGGGUCUGGGGAAAGGAAGGCUGUACAGGAUGUGGGAAUGGCGCUCCAUUCAGGAUGUAUUAAAAUAAUUUGCUUUUCAGGUAUUAAUAUGACAUUUGUCAUUGUCACUGAUUUUUUAAAAAAAGCAAUGCAAGUGUUGGUUGUGGCUGUUUUCCGCAUGCUAUCUUCAUAUCUAAAUGCUUCCUUAAUUAUCCAAGCCUCCGGAGAAUUAACUCUAUUACGUCUGUAUAGUAAGUUUGUAAACUGCUUGGCAAACUGAUUUUAAGAAAUGUGCAACACCGCCCGACUAAAAUGGCAGGUUUCUGGUAGAAAUUGGGCAAGUCCAAUUUGGAUUUUUGAGCUCCUUGAUUGAUGAGAACAAAAAAGCGUUUUUGGAAAAAGGGAAAACAGUAGAUGACUUAACCUAGCAAAAAGCUGGAAACAGUGUCUGUCCUCUGUGGCCUGGAAUCCGGUGAAAGAAGUUCUCCUAGUGAACGUUGCUCUCUAACUCGGCCCUUUUCAGAGCACGUCUUGCAUUUCUCAGAUGAGGCUUUCACCCCAUCAGCAGAAGAAAGAAGCUGGCCUAGAAACUGGCAUAAAACUAGGGUCCAAAGGAAUAGGGGGAAUGAGCGAUCUGAGAUCUAGUUGCCCAGGGAGCACCCAGCAGCCGAAAUGGUCAGAGCUUGAGAUGUAAUGGGUAUAAGCCUCGGGGUCAAGCUGUCUGCAGGCAAGAGCACCCCACCUGCUCCAGCACUGCAGAGGUCUUCCCACGCCACAUGCAGCCGGGCGCCUCACAGGGAGUGCCGGUGGGGACGGCUAAACCCUCGCAAUGAUGGAACCUCCAGGCGAGUGGCCAGAGAGAGCAGGUGUCGUUGCACUGGGAGUCCCACUGUUAGUGACACUUACAUCCCAGAAUCCCAUUCCCAAAAGUUGAAUGCGUUCUCUUCUGAGGCAAGAACUUAGGGUCCUUAGCUGAUCCCUCCAUCAUAACCACCAGCUCUUCUUGGUCACAUUUCGCUGCGAGUGAGGCCUGCGCUCACCACUUCUUAGGUCGUCAUUUCAUCCCCUCAAUAGACUUUUUAUUGAGUAAUCUUUUCCCAGUUUCCUCUCUGCUCUAACGCCUUCGGGGUUUGUUGUUUGUCUUUCUACCUCUCCUCGUGCUGGUCCUCUGCUUGUCUUGGUGGUGAACACCGCAGCUUUAGAGUACAGCUCGUGUCCUACUUGCUGCUCAGUUCGGCGGCAUCAGAACUGGCCCCCUCCCAAGAAGCAGAAGUCAGUGACAGUGUCCUGCCAGUGCACACCACCCUUGAUACUGUGAACAGGUUUCGUAGCAGGCUGGUGGCACUGAGCGCGGCACUCAGUACCCUUCCUUCUGUUAAGUAGUUCUGGGAUCUCUACCAAGCGUGAAGGUGAACGAGCUGAGGGAAACCAGAACUGUGCUUCUUGGUGUUGCACGCGUUCAGCGGCGGAGGAUCCCUAGUGCUGUUUGUGCGACAGCUUUUUCCGUUUUCAUCUUGAGCUCUCCCGUCCUUCCUUUCAGCCCAGUGACCACGCAGUUUUGUGUUUUGAAUACGGGACGUGGAGGCCGCUCUUUCCCCUUUCUGUAGGAUGCGGCUGCACUGCACCGAGAUUAUGUUUCCUUCAGCAGCAGCCUCCUGCUUCCUGGGUGCCACUAGCAUCGGUUAAGUUCAGGUGGGGCCAGUGAUGGCAUAUACGCAGCAUAUACUCUGCUACCUGGGCACAGAUAACCAGUGUGGCACUGUGUACUUUCCAGAGAACAUGGAUGCAGCCUCAAAACCCUGCGACACUCCGGCCCACCAGAACCGGCUGGUCAGAAGGGCUCUUAUUUGUGUGAUAACAAGCCUCCUUUGUGAACUGCUUCUUAGCUGUCUUUCUACUCUGGGCUCUCUUACCACUGGGCAAAAACAGCCACUUAGGAAGCAUCAUUCAUAAAAUAAUUGUGAGACUCCAAUUCCUAGCGCCCAGAUGUGGGUGCUGACAGGAGCUGACUCUUCAGGCUGAGUGAAGACAGAUCUCUUAGGCGUACCUUCCCCUGCUCGUGUCCUUGGCCAGCUUUUACAGGCAGCCUCUCUUCGCCCUCUUGCAGAGGUCAGAUAAGAGUCCAUCUUAGUCUAAUCCCACCUUCUAACAAGAAAUAACACAUAUUUAGAUCCCAGGGAGAAGUGCUCUUUGUGUGUUUCCUUCUAACAGAAACGAGAUGCUAACACCUAAGAAGGAGAAUCUCUGGAAGGGGAAGUGGAUGGUGUAACCAGCUACCUGAAUAUUUCAUGCCAGAAGAGCUGUUUUUAGCAACUGUUUAGCACCUUCAGGGCUUUGACAUGGGCUCUGGACAGCAUUCCAGGCGUGGGACUCAGCCGAGCCGCCUCUGCCGAUUUGGGAGGCAUCUCAUGCCGCCUUUUGAGGCCUAACACUUCCCUAGGCACUAGACAAGGAGAGAUGAAGAGGGUUUUGCCUGCCUCCAGUGGUUGGCCCCUCUGGGACCUGGAAGACACCAAAAUUUGUUUGUCCAACCACUUGGAAGCAGUGGCCAAGGUUAGGAUCGAGAAAGGAUUGGAUUCUUUUCCCAUUUUCUCAUAAUAGUAGCCCAGGCAACACAAGACUCGUAAAACAUGACGCACCGUUGGGAGCUAUACUGUUUUAUAGGCUGACUUCCUGCUGACAAAACUAGCUUUCCUCAGGGGCAAUAAGAAGGAGGGGGGAAAGCUCUCAUAGUGUUAGGAAAAUAUUCCUGUGAUUUUUGAUAUGGAAAAUCCAUAGGAUAGGAAAAAAAAUUGUCUUUAUCCUGAGAGUUUUCUGAGACAUGCCUUCACCCUACUGGACAUUUGGCCAUUGAUGUUCAGUAGGUCUCUGACCAGGCUUUUCUAAAUUUUUCGGAGAGAGUUACUCACCAGUAAGGCCUGUUCUCAAGUCUUUCUGGCAAUUUCCAUAUUUUCCCAUAAAGCAUUUUGGUUCUAUUUUUGGACCCUGACUUAAUACUCUGUGGCCUACGAGUCCUUCAUUUUCCUUAGCAAAUUAGGACUUUGGCAGUUUUCCUCUCCUAAACACAUUCUUUCCUGUACAGGAUUGCUUUGCCCAUCUCCUGCUUUAAUUCCAAGCGCAUAAACAAAACCUCAGCGGGCCUGGGAAGGCGAGGCAGGCCAGAGUCUGUCGUGUGUCGAGUGUCGCGCUGUUUGUUAAGAAGGUCUGCAACGGGCCUUUGGUGUAGGCUCUGCCAGAGACUGUUGUGAACACUUUGCUUGAGAUCCGUGCCCUGUAAAAUGGAUAUGAUGUUUUACUGAUGUCUGUAAUACAUUUGUAAACUUACAAUAAAAUUUGAAUAAAAGAAUUGUUGCCAUUCC